AUGGCGACAGACCCAACCAAGCUCGACAACGUGGGCACGCUGCGCCACACGGUGCUGCUGGCCAUCAUAUGGAGCUGCUUUGGCGGCGCCCUGCUCAUCGGGACGGGUCGGACUGCCGUGCGUCUCAAGAUUGUCAAGCGGCCGUCCGCCGAGGACUACUGGAUCCUGUUUGCCCUCGCGGCCCUGCUGAGCUUGUGCGUCCUUGAGACUAUCCAGCUGCCCAGCUUAUACUAUAUGACCGCCGUUGUUGAGGGCACCCUCCUCCCCUCGCUCGACCUCAUCGGCCACACGGAGACUUAUCUGCGCUACCAGUUCCCCAUCACCGUGCUGUACUGGACGGUGCUGUGGUCCAUCAAGGCCGGCUUCCUGGCGCUAUACUUCAAGCUGUUCAAGGAGCUGCCCAUUUACCGCCGGGUGUGGUAUGGACUCGCGUUCUUCACUCUGCUUGCGUACGCGGCGUGCUGGGCGUCUCUUGCCGUCUCGUGCGGCACGCUGAGCAACUUCUUCAAGUUCAACCAGUGCGGGUCGGAGCAGCAGAUCUGGAUGUCCAACUUCAAUGUGUAUCUGAGCACGUCGGUUGACGUAUUCACCGACUUGUGCAUCAUGGCCAUGCCCCUCCGCCUCAUCUACAACGUCAGGGUCUCCACCGGCCAGAAAAUUGGCCUCAUUGCUGUCUUCGGCCUCGGCUUCGUCAUGAUUGCGUUCUCCAUCAUCCGCGCCAACCAGAUCCUCGUGCCAAAGAUGUUUGUCAACCUGUCCAUGCUCAUGCUAUGGUCCACCUUGGCAGCGACAAUCUCCGUCAUAGUAGGCAGUCUCCCCGCAUUCAAGGUCUUCAUCGCCAACCGGACCGCGACCCGCCGCGCGCGCGGCACCAACGGCUCGUCGAGCGCAAACAGCCGCCAGCUCCACCACGGGGGCAGCUUCGGCACGGGCGGCGUACGUGGCAGUGGCGGCGGCGCCUCGGCGAACUACAUGCCCAGCGGCAAGGGCGUGCCCCUGGGGUCCAUCUCCAGCUACAAGUCCGCGGCGGCGCGGUAUGGGAAAGAGGGCGGACUCUCGACCGACGAGAUCCUCAAGCCUACGAGCAGCGCGGGGGAGAGCCCGAGGCUUGGUACCGCUAGUGGGGGUGGCAAUGGUGGUAUCCAUGGAGCAACCAGUGGUGGGUUCGAGGGUGUUGAGAGGAGUUACUCGAUCACAGGAGGGUACCGCAAUAACAACUACAACAACGGCUCGGCUGGAACCAGACCGCCGCCGCCGGCUUACGGAAGGGCGUUCUGA